AUGUCUAUGUACUUCUUCCGGCUGCACAAUCUGCGCAGAGCCGCCGAAGAGGACAAGAAGAAGAAGUUGCAGCAACAGAAGCAGAAACAGCAGCGCCGCAGCACCAACCGACGCCAACAUCGAUACACCGGCAACUCGGCACUGACCUUGGCCCCCAGCAGGCUCUUCGAGAGGCAGCCGCUCACGCCCAGCGACUCCUUGGACGAGGUGGCGUUGCAGAUUCCCAGGGUCCGCGUUGAAUACUACGUCAAUGAAAAUACAUUUAAGGAACGACUGCAACUAUAUUUUAUCAAAAAUCAAAGAUCUAGUCUUAGGAUAAGAAUCGCCAAUUUAUUCUUUAAACUACUUACAUGUAUCCUAUACAUAAUUCGUGUAAUUAUAGACGACGACCCUAUGAACGCAAAAUGUUACGGUUGCCUUAUAGGAAACAAAACCGAGUUCAUGAUUUCGGCGAACUUGACCGAAGAAAAAUUUCAAGAAAAUCCUAUAAUCAAUUGGGACGCGAUUCUGUGGGUGAACCGCCCCCUGGAAUUGUACAUCGUUCAGGUUAUUUUGGCCAUUAUCAGCCUCUCCGAGGCGCUCCUAUUGGCCUAUCUCGGAUACAAGGGUAAUAUUUGGCAGCAGCUGAUGUCAUUUCAUUUCAUCUUAGAAAUAGUCAACACCAUUCCAUUUACGUUAACUCUUUUCUACCCGCCUUUGAGGAACCUGUUCAUUCCGGUGUUCCUAAACUGUUGGCUCGCGAAACACGCCCUGGAAAAUAUGUUCAAUGAUCUCCACAGAGCCAUGCAGAAGUCUCAAUCGGCUCUAUCUCAACAACUUACAAUUCUCUCAGCGACGCUGAUCUGCCUCGUGUUUACCAGCGUUUGCGGCAUCCAGCAUUGUCAAAGAGCAGGACAUCGGCAUCUGAACCUCUUCCAGGCCACUUACUACGUCGUCGUGACAUUCUCCACCGUCGGAUACGGGGACUUCGUGCCUGACAUUUGGCCAUCUCAACUCUGGAUGGUCAUCAUGAUAUGCGUCGCUCUUAUCGUUUUGCCCACUCAGUUCGAGCAGUUAGCAUUUACCUGGAUGGAAAGGCAAAAACUAGGUGGAUCAUAUUCAUCGCACAGAGCUCAAUCGGAAAAACACGUGGUUGUUUGCAGUACAACUUUACACGCAGACACCAUCAUGGAUUUUCUUAACGAAUUUUAUGCUCAUCCACUUCUGCAGGACUACUACGUUGUGCUGUUAUCCCCGAUGGAGCUCGACACGACGAUGAGAAUGAUCCUGCAAGUGCCCAUAUGGGCCCAAAGGGUCAUAUACAUCCAAGGAUCCUGUUUAAAGGACGCCGAUUUGGCCAGAGCGAGAAUGAACGAAGCAGAGGCGUGUUUUAUCUUGGCCGCGAGGAAUUAUGCGGAUAAGACGGCUGCUGACGAACACACGAUCCUGCGAUCGUGGGCCGUGAAAGACUUCGCCCCAAACGUGGCCCAAUACGUUCAGAUUUUCCGGCCGGAGAACAAACUACACGUAAAGUUCGCCGAAUUUGUAGUAUGCGAAGAUGAAUUCAAGUACGCCCUAUUGGCCAAUAAUUGCACGUGUCCUGGUGCCUCUACGCUCGUCACGCUGUUAUUGCAUACAUCACGAGGACAGGAAGGUCAGCAGUCUCAAGAGGAGUGGCAUCGAUUGUACGGAAGAUGUUCAGGGAACGAAAUAUAUCACAUAAAAUUAGAAGAUAGCAGAUUUUUCGGAGAGUACGAAGGAAAAAGUUUUACUUAUGCAAGUUUUCAUUCUCAUAGAAAAUACGGAGUGGCACUGGUAGGAGUGCGUCCAGCUCAACUGCCGGAAUUCUACGAAGACACGAUCCUCCUCAAUCCCGGCCCGCGCCACAUCAUGAAGAAAGACGACACCUGUUACUACAUGAGCAUCACCAAGGAGGAAAACUCUUCGUUCAGCGUGGCCAAUCAGCAGCCCAACAAUAACAACACCUCUGCUGAUCCGGUGAUCGUGACGGCCAAAGAAGAGGAGAAGACGACAUCGAUACCGAUAACUUCAACGAAAGACGGUACCGCUCCUCCUCAACUCAUUCUGCAAGUCCCCACGUGUGUCACCACGUUUCCAGACAAUGCAGUGACAAGUGAUUCCCGACAGUGCCUUAAGGAAACCUCUCCAGGAUCUAUUACUUUCGACGUUUCGAUAACAGGUAACCAUUUGGAAAUUCCUCGAAGCGGAGGUGACAAUCCGAACCUUCUCAGUCCAGAAACCAUCAACCAGAGGAGAAAUUCCAGAAGACCCAGCAUCCUUCCUGUACCAGACAUGUUCACCAGCAGCAGCCUUAACAUCGCUCAGGAUGUCACUGACGAAGGUGAUGAAAGCGAAGACGAGCUAGAAGACGAUGUACCCUGGAGAUCGCCUAGCGAGAAGAUAGCCAUCGUGAAAGGCUUCCCUCCAGUCUCCCCCUACAUCGGAGUCAGCCCGACCCUCUGCUACCUCCUCAAAGAGAAGAAACCGCUUUGCUGUCUACAGCUAGCUCAAGUUUGCGAACAUUGUAGCUAUAGGAACGCCAGAGACUACCAGUGGCAGAAUAAGACCAUCAUCCUGGCCGCAGACUACGCUUCGAAUGGUAUCUACAAUUUCAUUAUACCUCUGAGGGCGCACUUCAGGUCCAAGACGUCGUUGAAUCCGAUCAUUUUGUUGUUGGAGAGGAGGCCGGAUAUAGCUUUUUUGGAUGCUGUGUCUUAUUUCCCGUUGGUUUACUGGAUGCUUGGGUCCAUAGACUGCUUGGACGACCUGCUCAGAGCCGGCAUAACUCUUGCCGAGAACGUCGUUGUGGUUAACAAGGAAUUGUCGAAUUCCGCAGAAGAGGACUCUUUAUCAGAUUGUAACACCAUCGUUGCCGUGCAGACGAUGUUCAAAUUUUUCCCUAGUAUCAAAAGCAUAACUGAGUUGUCGCAGUCUUCGAACAUGCGAUUUAUGCAAUUCAGAGCGCAUGAUAAGUACGCAUUACAUCUGUCAAAAAUGGAAAAGAGAGAAAAAGAACGUGGAUCUCACAUCUCUUACAUGUUUCGACUACCUUUUGCUGCUGGUAGUGUCUUCAGCGCUAGUAUGUUGGACACACUGCUUUACCAAGCCUUCGUCAAAGACUACGUUAUCACUUUCGUUCGGCUGUUACUUGGAGUUGAUCAAGCACCGGGUUCUGGAUUCCUAACAUCGAUGCGAAUAUCGAAGGACGACAUGUGGAUUCGAACCUACGGCCGUCUGUACCAAAAACUGUGUUCAACGACCUGCGAGAUCCCUAUCGGGAUCUACAGGACUCAAGAUACGUCUAUAUCGGAUUCAUCUCAUCUUGACGAGGAUCUUGGAGCCGAUAGAGUAGGUGUCACUUACCGACCAAAGGAGGGAACCAACUGUCUUGGAUGCACUAAUAGACGGCCGUCGACGUACUCAGUAAACGGCAACGACGAAGCAAAAGACAACCACGACCAACAGAUAGAGAGAGCAGAAAUAGCGAACCUCGUUAGAUCCCGGAUGGAAAGCUUGAACCUACCCACAAUCGAUUACAACGAUGUUAGCGAAAAAAGGAAUAGCCUGUCAUAUGUGAUCAUCAAUCCAAGUUGCGACCUUAAGUUAGAAGAAGGAGAUAUAAUAUAUUUAGUACGUCCAAGUCCGUUCUCGGCCCAAAAGACCUUCGAAAGGCACAACAGCCGACGAAAAUCGAACAUCAGCUUCUGCUCGCAAACGCUCCUGGCCCAGAUGGCGACCAGCUCUCAAGCGGGCAGCAGAAGGGGAUCCGGCCUCGGCCUUACCGGCUACCAGUCACCACGACCACCGCCUCUAGCCACCACAAAGUCCAACUCCCUCUCCCUUCCGGACAGCCCCACGGUGGCGGGCUACCAGAGGGGUAGGUCGAACAGUUUGCGCGUCAUCGACGACAUCUUAUUGCGCAGAUCGAACUCACUGAGACAGGGCUUGCCGAAUAUCGGUAGUGCUAGGAGAAAAAGUAGCUUAGAGGACAUUGGACUGAGCCAUUUCAGUACGAACUAUUCGAAUACUAUCAAGAUCGCGCUGAACGGUAGCAUCGGGUUGGAAGUGACGCCGCCCGAGGAGAAUAGUCCGCCGGUGAUAAGCAGUAAUACUGCGCUGAUCGUUAACCCGCCGAUGCAGCCGCCGUCCGUGUUGACCGGUAGCACGAUGAGUUUGAGUCAUAGUGGGUUUCCGGGUGCCAGCACGUCUAUGUCUAUGCCACAGGUGCCGAUCAACUUGGGAUUCCUCGGCCAGGGUUACGCUGAACCCGGGUCGGUCCAGCAAGCCGCCUUGCCCCCACCAACGACGGAUCCGCAACACCUUCAAGGAACGAUAGUAUGA